AGAAGAUAAACUUGAAUUCAUGUUUCGGCUUUACGAUACUGAUGGUAAUGGAGUAUUGGAUACGAACGAAAUGGAUUGUAUUGUUAAUCAAAUGAUGACUGUUGCGGAAUAUCUAGGAUGGGAUGUCACUGAAUUAAAACCGAUAUUACAAGAUAUGAUGGUGGAAAUUGAUUACGAUGCUGAUGGCACUGUAUCUUUGGAGGAAUGGAAACGUGGUGGUAUGACAACAAUACCAUUAUUAGUAUUACUUGGAUUAGAUGACAAUGUCAAAGAGGAUGGUAAUCAUUUAUGGCGUUUAAAACAUUUUAGUACACCAGCGUACUGUAAUUUAUGUUUAAAUAUGUUAGUGGGUUUAGGGAAAAAAGGUUUAUGUUGUGUAUUUUGUAAAUAUACAGUACAUGAACGAUGUGUACAGAGAGCACCAGCCAGUUGUAUUGCAACAUACGUUAAAAGUAAAAAGACAUCACAACAAAUGGUACAUCAUUGGGUUGAAGGAAAUUGUCAUGGGAAAUGUUCAAAAUGUAAAAAAACUAUUAAAUCAUAUAAUGGAAUUACAGGUUUACACUGUAGAUGGUGUCAAUUAACGUUGCAUAAUAAGUGUGUAUCACAAGUAAAGGCUGAAUGUACUCUUGGAGAAAAUGUCGUACAUAUCUUACCCCCAACUGCAAUAUGUCCAGUUGUACUUGAUCGGCAACGAUCAUUAGGUCGUGAAUAUAAACGUGGUGGAUCACGAUACGGUGCCUCAGAAUCAUCAUCACAACUCAGUUCUCAGAAUUUGCCCCUACCUGUUUUGCAGCUCCAAGCGAAUUUCUUAGACCAUGAAUUAAGUGACAACAAUUUACAAGGAAUAUUUUUAAAGCCAUCAUCCGCACCCACACAGCCUGCAAUGUCAUUUCAAAUAACACCACCGCCAAACACAUGCCCAUUAUUAGUAUUUAUAAAUCCAAAGUCAGGUGGUCGACAAGGUGCUAAAAUGUUACAAAAAUUUCAAUAUUUAUUAAAUCCACGGCAAGUACAUAAUCUAGCAACCGGUGGUCCAAUGCAAGGUUUAACAAUGUUUAAAGAUGUACCUAAUUUUAAAGUUAUUUGUUGUGGGGGCGAUGGCACGGUUGGAUGGAUUUUGGAAACAAUGGAUAAAGUUCAAAUGGAAUCUCAACCAGCAGUAGGAGUCAUUCCAUUAGGAACAGGAAAUGAUUUAGCAAGAUGUUUGAGGUGGGGUGGAGGUUACGAAGGAGAAUCGUUAAAUAAAUUACUAGAUAAAAUUUCAAGAGCCAGUGCAGUAAUGAUGGAUCGAUGGUUAAUUGAAGUAACGGAUAUUGAAGUGAAGGGAGAAGAAGAACGAAAAGCUGCAUGUGAUCGAAUACCUUACAAUAUAAUUAACAAUUAUUUUUCUGUCGGAGUGGAUGCUGCAAUUUGUGUGAAAUUUCAUCUAGAACGUGAAAAAAAUCCUGAAAAAUUUAACAGCCGUAUGAAAAAUAAAUUAUGGUAUUUUGAGUACGCAACUUCCGAACAGUUUUCAGCUUCAUGUAAAAAUUUACAUGAAUCUCUUGAAAUUGUCUGUGAUGGAGUUUCGUUAGAUUUAGCUAAUGGUUCACCGUUACAAGGAAUUGCAUUAUUGAAUAUACCCUAUACUCAUGGUGGCUCAAAUUUGUGGGGAGAGCAUUUGAGUAAAAAACGAGCAACAGCGAAUAAAAAGUUUAAAAGGAAAAAAGACAAAGAAAAAGAUUUAAGUACGAGUAGUUUUAAUUCAGUGGAUUUAAGUGUUGCAAUUCAAGAUAUUGGUGAUCAUUUAAUAGAAGUUAUUGGAUUAGAAAAUUGUUUACACAUGGGUCAAGUUCGAACUGGCUUAAGGGCGAGUGGAAGAAGAUUAGCACAAUGUAGUUAUGUACAAUUAAAAACUAAGAAAAUGUUUCCAAUGCAAAUUGAUGGGGAACCAUGGAUGCAGCCUCCUUGUACAAUAACCAUUUCUCAUAAAAAUCAAGUACCAAUGUUAAUGGCACCACCAUCAGAAAAAGGUCGUGGUUUCUUUAGAUUUUUUCGAAGAUAGACCUAGAUUUUAUUUAGUUAAUUUACUUAAACAUUCCCCCUAUGGUAAGAAUAUUAAAUAAUUUUUUUUAUUAUCAUAAUGUUAUAUAGUCUUAUGAAUAGUUCGAGUACAUUUAAUAGUCAAUUGUUUAAAAUCGAUAUAAAACUCGAUUGUUACAUCGAAGUUGGGCAAUAAGGGGGCAUUCAAAUAAAAAACAAACAGUGUAAGAAAUAUUCGUUGUAUAUCAGAGUAAUAAAUCGGUAUUUUUGUUCGAAAAAUGGCUCAGGAACUUGACAAAGCACACAUCAAUUGUGGGGAUUACUAUAAAACAAAUUUCUAGCCUACUCCGACAAUUCUCAUUUACUUUUACUGAGAAACAUAUCUAUCUAAUUUAACGAUAAAUUUUGCAAGGCAGGUUGUUAAACUUAAAAUCUUUGUAGAUAAUCUUUGAUAAUAAAUCUUUUCCGUUUCAAAUCCGUUUUAAAUUCAAGGCAAAGUAACUAACUCGUUCACCAUUUAACAAUGUUACAGAGGUCCUGCACAGGAAUUUUUUAUUGGUAUAUCAAGAGGGCAACCUUAUAUGAGAACAAAAUUUUAAUAGUAAAUUAAAAUUAUCGGAGUAGCUGCUAGAAAUGUUUUUGAUGGAAUCCCAACAAUUAGUUGAAACGAGAUCAGAGAAUCAGAGUGCUGGCUCAUAUUUGAGACUCAGUACCGAUAUAUAAUUCAACCAAACAAAACUUUUUUUAUUUAUGUAACAAAAUAUUUUAGAAGAUAGGGACCAUUUUAUCGCUUUGGAAAAAAUAUUCGUUUUCAUUUUCAUAGAUUCUAAAAGAACAUCUUAAAAACUUAUGAACAGAAACUUAUUUUAAAAAUCGAAUUUAUUAAUUUAUUUUGUACUAUAUUUACACUGGAAAUACUCAAAGUAUUUGUAAAUGAACAUUUAAAAAAUAAUACAAAUAUUUUAUAACGAAAUUUAAAUUGUUUUAUUGAUCAAUUACUUGCGAAAAUCAAUUUUUUUGUAUUUUUGUCUUGAAUGCAGUAAAAUUUACCUUUCAGGCUGGUCGUCUUUCGUACCACAAUCAUUACUCCUGUACUCUUGCGAUGAGAGAAAAUCUCACGAUAUUUUUAUCACGCAAGAGCAAAAUUUCAAACUUGAUUUUCAAUAUGUUUUUAACUUACAUAUAUUUACGUGCAAAAAUACAUUAAUUCAAAUUAAAGAAUUCCACA